AUGCCUCUCCCUUCAACCCCGCUCACCAUCCACGGCGGCUGCAGCUGUCAAACUUUCCGCUACCGACUUGAGAUACCUGAAGUAAGCGAGCGACCGCUUCAUCCAUACUGCUGGAAAGCAAAAUCUGCAUCACGAUCUUCAUCUCGAUCCUCAUCGCGAUCUAAUUCUGAAUCCGAUUCUGAUUCAGGAGAUGAAUAUCGAGAUAAUGAAUCAGGAGAAGAAGUUAGAUUACCAAUGAUAGCAAUUGAUCUCUGUAAUGAUUGUCGAAGGGCAACAGGAAGUAUCUUGCCUACUUGGAUUUGUUGUCCUAUGGACUAUAUUUGGAUUUGUGUUUCUGAUGGGGAUGGUGGUCAAGAUGUUGGAGGUAGUGAGAUGGGAGGUCAUGAUGAUGUUAGCGAAGAGAAUGAUGAUAGGAGCAGGAAUGAAAGCGAAGAGAAACCGCGCCAGGAAACCUGGGUAAAAGCCACCUCAGUAUUCCUACCCUCCUCCUCCUCCUCCUUGCCACAACCCCCCUCCCCACUAGGAACCCACAGUACCACCCCCUCUCACACACGCUACUGGUGCAACAAAUGCGGCACUCCCCUCGCAUACCGCGCUCAUCCCAUGCCGGCCGAAUGGCCCGAGAUGUUAGAUAUACUACUCGGAACGAUGGAUCGAGAAAGUCUAGAAAUGGAAGAUCCGGACACGGGUAGAUAUGUGAUGAUUCCGGAAAGGGUGGUCUGGGAUGACUGUGCGGUUAAUUGGACGAGGGGGUUGUUGGGUGGAGAGUGUAGACGCUUGCCGGUUCAUAAGAGGACGAAUGUGGGGUUGAGGAGGAGGUUUUAUUAG